AUGAAUAUCUAAAAGGCCAUAGCUGUUUUUAUUUUGAUUGCCUUAAGUGCUUCUUUGGUAUUUGUUGGUGUCUAAAUAGCUAAUAGCGCUGAUUUAAGUGUAAAAUAGUCAUCUUUUCUUGGUUAAGAAGUUUGCAUUCCUUCCUCUAACCCAUGUGCAGUGAGUGCUUUACCUCCUUAUAAUUACACUACUCCUUGCUGCCCUGGAACUGUUUGUGUUGGAAAUUUAUUUGUUCCAACAUGUCUUCCUUAAAGCAGUCACCCUUAAUGA